AUGUCUCGAGAUCCACCCAUAUAUACAGAAGAAAGCCAUAAAUCCACAUAUCAAGCUAAUCAAGAGAUACCCUACGAAACAAUCACACCAGAUCACAUUGAAGUGAAUUCCACACUUUUAAUUGGUGGAGACAAACCUUUCCCACCACCACUACCAGAUAGGAUACCAUACUGCGUUGCUUUCGAUGGAGCAAGUGAUCCCUACCAUCCACAUAACCACUCGCUCGCCAAGAAAGCGUUAUACACUUUUGCAGUGGGGCUCUCCACAUUUUCUUUAUCGAUGGGGUCAGCAAUGUUUGCUUCUGCGAACGAGGAUUUAAAGAAAAUAUUUCACAUUGGUACGUCUGUGGCUGAGUUAGGCACUGCUUUGUUUAUCAUUGGGUUUGCUGCUGGACCAGUAAUAUAUGGCCCUUCGUCUGAAGUAUUUGGAAGGAAACCUGUGAUGGUUUUGUCAUCUUUUGGCUAUGUCUGUUUUGAGUUUGCAACGGCUGCUGCUAAAGAUUUGCAGACAAUCAUGCUUUGCCGGUUUUUUGCUGGUUUUUUAGGAAGUGCACCAGUCGUAGUACUGGCAGCAAUAAUGGUUGAUAUCACUAGAGCAAAAGCAAGAGGUAUUGGAAUGGCAUGCUUUGGGAGUGUCUUGUUUGGUGCUGUGAUGAUGGCUCCCAUUAUAGGAGGAUUUGUAAUCAAGAAUCGUAAACUUGGUUGGAGGUGGGUCUCGUACAUAUCUGGGAUAAUUGGCUGUUUGGCGUUGGUAAUGAACGCUUUUGUUUUGCAAGAGACUCAUCAUCCAGUGUUGUUGGCAAGAAAGGCAGAGUUGUUGAGAAGAAAGACAGGAAAUUGGGGUAUAUAUGCCCCGCACGAGGACGUGUCUUUGAGGUUGAAAGAUAUAGUUGUUGACCGUAUUUUGAGACCUUUGAAAUUGCUUUUCACCGAGCCAAUAGUCUUCCUUAUUAGCCUUUACAACUCCUUCAUUUAUGGCAUACUUUACUCGUUUUUGACUGUCAUUCCAUUGAUUUUUGAAGGUAGAUAUGGCUGGUCGCGAGGGGUGGCAGAACUCCCCUAUUUGUCGAUGUUGCUUGGAGUGCUUUCGGGAACACUAAUUAAUGUUCUCUACGAAAUACGAAACAACAAAAUUUUCGAACAAACUGGAACCAAACCAGUUCCAGAAAUGCGACUACCCCCUGUGAUGAUUGGUGCAGUCAUAUUUGUUAUUGGUAUAUUCUGGCUAGGUUGGACUGGUGACUACCCUCAUUAUAUUCAUUGGAUUGUUCCCGUUAUCGGGGCUUUUUUUAUAGGCAAUGGUCUAAUGUUGAUUUUUUUGCCUACAAUGACCUACCUAAUCGAUUGUUAUCUAUACGUGGCUGCAACUGCAUUAGCGGGACUCACAUUUAUUAGAUCAGGAUUUGGUGCUGCCUUCCCACUCUUUACACAGCAAAUGUUUAAUAACUUAACUAUCAAGUGGGCAUCUACAUUGUUGGGAUGUUUGGGUGUGUUGAUGAUCCCAGUACCGUUCUUUUUUAGCAAGUACGGUGCUUAUAUUCGGAGUAAAUCAAAACACGCAUUGAAAUAG